GAGGUUUUAGAAACUGCGCACAACCAGGACGGCCCGAGAUGUUAGCGGCGGUGCUCCCUUUUUGUUGUCCUUUCACCGCCGUUUCGUUUUCUUGUUGAGAGCGUGUGCCUGGGGCCCUCCUGCGUAGAAUCGUUUGUAUUUUUUUUUUCUGGGGCGGCGGCUGGGAAAGGCAAGGAGGGAGGACGAAAUCGGAACAACCAAAGAAUGAACAACAGCCACGCACAUCCGCCAUCCACCAUCCGCCACCUGCCCACUCUCUCCCACCACUCUCCCACGCGCAAAAUGCAACCAUGCAACGGCAGGACCCCUGGCCCAGGGGUUCCGAUCUGGAAGGAGGGGUCCGCCGCAGGGGGAUUGGGAUUGUGAUUGGGAUUGGGAGAGCCAGCCAACCCAGAGAGGGCGAGCUAGCGCACGGCAACAAGGCAUGCAUCUACUCACCGAGCUUGGGAUAUGUGGUGUGCUGUGUGUGGCCGGAGGACGGCAGAGACGACGGCCACAGGUAAAGGUAGGACUGGGGUGAUCUCCGAUAGCCAAGUACCGCUGUGACUUGUCCGUGGGACCGGGUUCGAGUUGGACAAGACUGUGGAAGGCGAGGGAGGAGGAUAUUCGAACGGGGGCAGGGCCGGGUCGAGAGAGGGAGAGACGGAC